AUGUCGUAGAAACUGAUUUAAUAAGAUUCCUAAUUAGAACUAUCUAAAAGGGGAUCACACCAUGAUGAAUCUCCUUUUAUCCUAAAAAGAGAGUAGUCAACUCCUUUUCAAAGAAGCUUGACUAAGAAACUAACACUUUAGCAUUAGAAAGGCUCUCUUAGAAAUAGUUUGGAUAGAGAAUCUGUUUUAAACACGAGUUCAGAUAAAAUGAGUAGAUACGGGAGUUCUUACUCAAGUAAGAGAGAAAUUAAGAUGAGAAAAAUGACAGAUUAAGAUUAAGAAGAUGCCUCAAUAUAAGAUAAAACACAAAUUUCGAUUAAAAAAUACUAUUAAGGCUCUGCAAAUUAUAAAAUUGCAAUCAAAAUAAAAAUGGUUCCAUAUGAAAUGAAACUAAAAAGCUCCUAUUUAUCUAUAGAAAAUCUAGACCCUAAAACUAUACUCCUAAGAAACAAACCAGAUAAAACUAAAAUUAAUGGACAAACACAUGCUUCAAGAGAUAUUAAUAAUCUACAGAAAGAUAAAAUACAAACUUUCGAUUGGGUUUUUGGAGAAAAUGAAAAUAGUGAGAUUAUGGCUGUAAAGUUCCUCCAACAACCUGUCAUAAAUCUCUUUAGUGGAUAUAAUUAAUCUAUCAUACUAUAUGGUGGAGGAGAUUCAGGCAAAACGCAUCUGGCAAUUGGAAAUUUAAGAGAUCCAGGGUUAAUCAUACUGCUUCUAAAAGAGACUUUAUACCAUAGAAACGAGUUUGAAGAGAAAGGAAUAAAAACACAAAUUAAAAUAAGCAUUUGUAGUUACUAAAAUGAUAAGUUUUAUGAUUGCAUUAUCGGCCAUGGAUAUCCACUGGAUAUACAUGAAGAUUCUUAAAAAUAGUUAUAUAUAGCAGGCUUGUAUGAGGUCGAAAUCAAAACGCUUCUUCAAGGAUUGAGAAUAAUUAAAAUAGCUUAGCUGAACUUGUAAAAAUAUGAAUAAAGUACUGAUAAAGCUAAAGAUUUAUUGAAAAAUAAUAAUAUUAUCUUUGAGAUUAAAUGUAUAUAAGAAGAUCAAAAAGAUAUUGAUAAAAAGAAAAUUAUUUCAUCACUUAAAUUUGUAAAAUUUGAGAAAGAAACCUUCGCUGAUGCAAUAAAGGAAGGCUCUCAUAAAUCAGUUUUAGCUCCUCUCAAUAACUGCUUAAGGGUAAUAAGCGAAAUUAACUUAAAAACUAGAAAAUCUAAUUCAAUUCCAUUGAAAGAUAAUAAGUUAAUUGAGUAUUUAAGGGAGUGCAUAGGAGGAAAUUCCUAAACAUAUUUAAUAGGGUGUGCUAAUCCCUUGCAAAAUUAUUAACAAGACACAGAAGCUAUGGUAAGGUAUUUGAAUAUUAGCAGAUCAAUAACAACAAAUCCAGAAAUUGUUAGAUACUCAAAUAAAACUCAAGAAUAUUAAGCAGAAUUGUAUUAAAAGCUUAUCAGAGAAAAUAUUUAAGGAUGGAUUUCUGAAUUUUUAACUGAUCCUUAAAGUCUGAACAAGUAGUAACAAUUAAGGUUGUAGAUCAUUGGAAAUAUUUUAUUUAAAAUCCAAUAAAUUUUAAGUAAACUGUUAUUGAUAUACAGUGAAGUUUAGCAUAACUAAGAGUAACUAUAGGUUAUAUAUAAUGAAAUUAUAGAAAACAUGAGCAAGGCAUACACUAAAUGCAUAACCAGUUCUGAUAUCAAAGAGUUUUACAUCGGAAAAAUUCAAUAAUAUCAUAUUGAUCUGUUCAAACAGCUUAUUUCAAAUAACUAAUUCUCUAUAUAAACGCAUUUGAAUAAAUUAUAUUCUUAGAAGAUGAAGGCUGAAAUUUGGGAACAAAGAUUAGUGUAACAUUUGAAAUUAAAAGAUUUAAGAGAGAAAAAACAUGAUGAAUUAUAACCAAAAGAUGUAGAAAAAUUAGUUCAGAUUUCGAAAUAGUCAAAAAAACUUUAUCAGUUUUAUAAUGAACAAAUAUGCAUGUGUUAAUUUAGCUAUGCUAAGUCAUAAGAGCUUUUAAAUCAUUUGUUUUUUGAAAUUAAUUAAAUUAAUGCAGUUUCUAGUUUAGCAUAAAUUCCUACUUUGUAAUAGAUAAACAGCUCAUAAUUUAUAGAAAUAAAAAAUAGAAAACCUUCUUCUAUCAAAUUAAUCGAGGAUCCUAGUGUCUCUGCUUCUUACUAGAGCAAAUCUAGCAGAAGUAUUAAAAAUAAGAAUUUAUAAUAAAGCAAUUAUAAACAGCUUUAAGCGCUUCCUUCUAUAUUUUAGCAGUAAAAAGAACUCAGCAUAGCUUAAGAAAAUGAAUAGAAAGAAGAUUUGCAAUCGUCUUUAGAAAUCAGCACUGAUAGAAAAAAAACUGGUAAAUCUUAAUUUUUAAUAAUGAAUAUACUGAACGAUGAUAACUCUAAGAAAAAUGCUGAUGACAAUUUGAAUGAAAGUAUAACUUAAAACUCAGAUAAGCCAUAAUCAUAUAAUCAAGAUGCUAGUGAUAAGGUGGUUGAUAUAAAGCAGCUAGAAAAGAAAUACCUUUAAAAAAAAUAGCAGAGAGAACCUACUAAAUUUAUUUACAUUAAUAGCAAGAAAAUUGAAGUGAAAAAAAUAAAAAAUUCAAAGAGAACAAAAAAAUUAAGUUAGGAAUAAAGCUCAAUAAAUAAAUCUUCUAUAAACGAGGGAUAUGACAGUCAUUAGAAUUCAAUUGAAAAAUAUUAUGUUUAGGAUUCUUUGAAUUAAGGUAAUCCAAACAACUAAAUAUUUUCACAAGACCAUAGCUUGAUAUCAUAAUUUAUCUUAAAUAAGACCAAUGAACAUAAUUAAAAUAACUUAUCGAUUUUAGAUAACGAAAGAUACCAAUCAAUUAAUUAGUUGCUUCAGCCAAGCACAGAAUCUAACAUACAUACUUUGAAAACUUCAAACUAAAUAGGUAACUUAAAUAAUAACAUCAGUAAUAACUAAGAUAUACUCAAAAAUAUGUCUUCGAAUUAGAAAUCAGAAGAUAUUUAAUAAAGAAUUUAGUCUUACCAAAACAACCUGCCUUACUUAAGUUAGCUUUUAGAUGGUCAAAUAGAUUUACCUUCAUAAGAUAGCAUUUUAAAGAAUAAUCAAAUAAUUUCUGUAAAUCCUUCAAAUCAAAUUAGUAUGAUUUCUUCUCCUCAUCAGACUAAUGAUAUGAAGAAUUAUUCGUCAAAAGAUAUAAUUUAAAAAUAAAAGAAGUCCUCAUUUCAACUGAACUCGGCAGACAAGACUCUUCUAAACCUCACAAAUAAACUAGAACUAGAUGAUGGAAUUUUAAACAAUAUUUUCUAGAAGUCAAAGGCUACUCUCCCAAAUAAUAAAUUGAAAAAUACAGCCGAUUAAAAAUAAUAAUAAAUACAUGAAAAAAUUUAAUAGGAGUAUCAAUUCAGAUUACCAAAAAACAUUUAAUCUUUAGGCAACUAAAGAAUAAAAUACAAUUCUCUAGAGAAAACUAAAGAAAGGAGUGCUGGAAACGAAAAAGCUUCAAACAGCUUACUAAAAUAAAUUCAAUCACCGAUAUCAAAUUUUAAUUUAGUUAAUAAAAAACUAUCUCUCAUUAAUCUGAGAGGUCAACUUUUAUACGAAAAGAAGCCUAUAGGAGAUGAUGUAGGGUAUUUUAGAACAUAAUUAAAGGAAUCCAAUAAUCCUCUACCUAAAGAUUACUUUUAUGAGCUGUUACUUAAAAGUUAGAAGGUAGCCAAUUUGAAUAAGAUAAAGCAUACUUUCUAGCAAAUGACUGAAUAAAGCUCUCUUACAAACUUAAAUAAUUCUCUUGAAAAGAAAAUCCUUAUUCAGGAAUCUGCAACUUAAAAUUCUAACGAUCAAUUAUAAUCUCCUCCUAAAUUUGUAAAGUACGAAUAAGAAUAAAUUAACUAAAGCAAAUAAAACUAGCAGGAUCAAGUAUAGUAAAACACAAAUAAAGUUGAUAAAAGUAGCUCAUCUUAAGAUAUAAAACUACCAUAACAUAGUCUAACAAAAAAAUAAGAUAUUUCAAUCAAAAAUUAAAUAGCACUUAGACUGCCAAGUAUAAGCGAAACACUAUAAAGACGCUCUAAAUACACAAAAUUUUUCUUUAACUGA